AUGCCAACACCGGACCAUAAAGCGGUCAGCCACUUUAUUGGCGGCAACCCGCUCGAGACAGCUCCUGCAAGCCCUGUCGCCGACUUCAUUCGCAAGCAGGGCGGUCACAGUGUCAUCACCAAGGUCCUCAUUUGCAACAACGGUAUUGCUGCCGUCAAGGAGAUCCGUUCCAUCCGAAAAUGGGCUUACGAGACUUUUGGCGAUGAGCGUGCCAUCGAGUUCACCGUCAUGGCCACCCCGGAAGAUCUCAAGGUCAACGCCGAUUACAUUCGUAUGGCUGACCAGUAUCUCGAGGUCCCCGGUGGUUCCAACAACAACAACUACGCCAAUGUCGACUUGAUUGUCGAUGUCGCAGAGCGCGCCCGUGUUCACGCCGUCUGGGCUGGUUGGGGUCACGCUUCUGAGAACCCUCGUCUUCCCGAAUCGCUCGCUGCUUCCAAGCACAAGAUCAUCUUCAUCGGUCCUCCUGGCUCUGCCAUGCGAUCCCUCGGCGACAAGAUCUCCUCCACCAUCGUUGCUCAGCAUGCCGACGUUCCAUGCAUGCCCUGGUCCGGUACGGGUAUCAAGGAGACCAUCAUGAGUCAGCAGGGUUUCUUGACCGUCUCGGACGACGUCUACCAGCAGGCCUGCAUCCACAACGCCCAAGAGGGUCUCGAAAGGGCUGAAAAGAUUGGCUUCCCCGUCAUGAUCAAGGCCUCGGAAGGUGGAGGAGGAAAGGGUAUUCGAAUGUGCACCAACGCCCAAGACUUUAAGCAGCUCUACAAUGCCGUCCUCGGUGAGGUGCCCGGUUCGCCCGUUUUCGUCAUGAAGCUCGCUGGCCAGGCUCGCCACCUCGAGGUCCAACUGCUCGCAGAUCAGUACGGCAACGCUAUCUCCAUCUUUGGCCGCGACUGUUCCGUCCAGCGUCGUCACCAGAAGAUUAUCGAGGAGGCUCCCGUCACCAUUGCUCCCGAAGAUGCUCGAGAGGCCAUGGAGAAGGCCGCCGUUCGUCUCGCCAAACUUGUCGGCUACGUCUCUGCCGGUACCGUCGAGUGGCUUUACUCUCCCGAGUCUGGUGACUACGCUUUCCUCGAGCUCAACCCUCGUCUCCAGGUCGAGCACCCCACCACCGAGAUGGUCUCGGGUGUCAACAUCCCCGCUGCCCAGCUCCAGGUUGCUAUGGGCAUCCCUCUCUACUCCAUCCGUGACAUCCGAACUCUCUACGGCAUGGACCCCCGCGGUAACGAGGUGAUCGACUUUGACUUUUCCAGCCCCGAGUCGUUCAAGACCCAGCGCAAGCCCCAGCCUCAGGGUCACGUCGUUGCCUGCCGUAUCACCGCCGAGAACCCGGAUACCGGUUUCAAGCCCGGCAUGGGUGCCCUGACCGAGCUCAACUUCCGUUCCAGUACCUCCACCUGGGGUUACUUCUCUGUCGGUACUAGCGGUGCCCUCCACGAGUACGCCGAUUCGCAGUUCGGACACAUCUUCGCCUACGGUGCCGACCGAUCCGAGGCCCGAAAGCAGAUGGUCAUCUCACUCAAGGAGUUGUCCAUUCGUGGUGAUUUCCGUACCACCGUCGAAUACCUCAUCAAGCUCCUCGAGACCGACGCUUUCGAGUCCAACAAGAUUACCACUGGCUGGCUCGAUGGCCUCAUCCAGGACCGUCUCACUGCCGAGCGUCCUCCCUCGGACCUAGCUGUCAUUUGUGGUGCCGCCGUCAAGGCUCACCUCCUUGCCCGCGAGUGCGAGGAUGAGUACAAGCGUAUUCUCAACAAAGGUCAGGUGCCUCCUCGUGACACCAUCAAGACUGUCUUCUCGAUCGACUUUAUCUACGAGAACGUCAAGUACAACUUCACUGCUACCCGCAGCUCCGUUUCUGGCUGGGUUCUCUACCUCAACGGUGGCCGUACUCUCGUUCAGCUUCGUCCUCUUACCGACGGUGGUCUACUCAUCGGUCUUGCCGGCAAGUCGCAUCCCGUUUACUGGCGUGAGGAGGUCGGCAUGACCCGUCUCAUGAUCGACUCCAAGACCUGCCUCAUUGAGCAGGAGAACGACCCCACCCAGAUCCGAUCGCCCUCGCCUGGUAAGCUUGUUCGCUUCCUCGUCGACUCGGGCGACCACGUCAAGGCCGGCCAGGCUAUUGCUGAGAUUGAGGUCAUGAAGAUGUACCUUCCUCUCGUCGCCGCUGAGGAUGGUGUUGUCUCUUUCGUCAAGACUGCAGGUGUUGCUCUUUCGCCCGGAGACAUUAUCGGUAUCCUCUCGCUCGACGACCCCAGCCGUGUUCAGCACGCCAAGCCCUUUGCUGGCCAGCUUCCAGACUUUGGUCUUCCCAUCAUCAUUGGCAGCAAGCCCCACCAGCGCUACUCAUACCUUGUCGAGGUACUCAACGACAUUCUCGACGGUUACGACCAGAGCUUCCGCAUGCAGACUGUCAUCAAGGAGCUCAUCGAGACCCUUCGCAACCCCGAGCUUCCCUAUGGUCAGGCUUCUCAGAUCCUCUCCAGCUUGAGUGGUCGUAUCCCCGCCAGGCUCGAGGAUGUUGUCCGCAACACCAUCGAGAUGAGCCACUCCAAGAACGUCGACUUCCCUGCCGCUCGUCUUCGCAAGCUCACCGAGAACUUCCUCCGCGACAGCGUCGACGCUGCCAUCCGCCAGCAGGUACAGAUCACCAUCACUCCUCUCUAUCAACUCUUUGAGGCCUACGCCGCCGGCCUCAAGGCUCACGAGGGUAACGUUCUCGCUUCCUUCCUCACCAAGUACUACGAGAUCGAGUCCAAGUUCACUGGUGAAGCUGACGUUGUCCUCGAGCUUCGUCUCCAGGCCGAUGGCGAUCUGGACAAGGUUGUUGCCCUGCAGACCUCCCGCAACGGUCUCAACCGCAAGAACGCGCUCUUGCUCAACCUCCUCGACAAGCACAUCAAGGCUACCUCGCUCGUCUCGCGCACCAGUGGCGCUCAGAUGAUCGAGGCUCUGCGCAAGCUCGCCUCUCUUCAGGGCAAGUCGACCGCUCCUGUCGCGCUUAAGGCCCGAGAGGUCUCGCUCGACGCCGACAUGCCCAGCCUUGCUGACCGUUCUGCCCAGAUGCAGGCUAUUCUCCGUGGCUCCGUCACCUCGUCCAAGUACGGUGGUGACGACGAGUACCACGCUCCUUCGCUCGAGGUCCUUCGUGAGCUCAGCGACUCGCAAUACAGUGUCUACGACGUCUUGCACAGCUUCUUCGGCCACCGCGAGCAUCACGUCGCCUUUGCCGCUCUCUGCACCUACGUCGUUCGAGCUUACCGUGCCUACGAGAUUGUCAAUUUCAACUACGCUGUCGAGGACUUUGAUGUCGAGGAGCGUGCCGUGCUCACCUGGCAGUUCCAGCUGCCUCGCAGCGCCUCUUCGCUCAAGGAGCGCGAGCGUCAGGUCUCCAUCAGCGAUCUCAACAUGAUGGACAACAGGAAGGCUCGUGCCACUUCCGAGCUCCGCACCGGUGCCAUGGCCAGUUGCGCCGAUGUUGAGGACAUUACUGACCUCCUUCCCAAGGUGCUCAAAUUCUUCGGCUCUUCCAGUGGUGCUCCCAUCAACGUACUCAACAUUGCUGUUGUUGACCAAUCCGACUUUGUCGAUGCUGAGGUUCGAAGCAAGCUUGCUCAGUACACCAACGCCUGCAGCAAGGAGCUCGCUGCCGCCCGUAUCCGCCGUGUCACCUUCCUCCUCUGUCAGCCCGGCAUGUAUCCCUUCUUUGCCACCUUCCGUCCCAACGAGCAGGGCAUCUGGGCCGAGGAGAAGGCGAUUCGCAACAUCGAACCCGCGCUUGCCUACCAGCUUGAGCUUGACAGAGUCAGCAAGAACUUCGAGCUCACCCCCGUGCCGGUCUCUUCGUCCACGAUCCACUUGUACUUUGCUCGUGGUAUCCAGAACUCCGCCGACACUCGAUUCUUUGUCCGUUCGCUCGUCCGACCUGGCCGCGUUCAGGGCGACAUGGCUGCUUACCUCAUUUCCGAGUCGGACCGUAUUGUCAACGACAUUCUCAAUGUCAUCGAGGUUGCUCUUGGCCAGCCCGAGUACCGCACCGCUGAUGCCUCGCACAUCUUCAUGUCUUUCAUCUACCAGCUUGAUGUCAGCCUUGAGGAUGUCCAAAGGGCCAUCGCUGGCUUCCUCGAGCGUCACGGUACCCGCUUCUUCCGUCUCCGCAUCACCGGCGCCGAGAUCCGCAUGAUCCUUAGCAACUCGAACGGUGAGCCUCGCCCCAUCCGUGCAUUCGUUACCAACGAGACCGGUCUGGUCGUGCGAUACGAGACUUACGAGGAGAUCGCUGCCGAUGAUGGUUCGGUCGUCCUCCGCGGCAUCGAGCCUCAGGGUAAGGAGGCUACACUCAACGCUCAGAGCGCCCACUUUGCUUACACUACCAAAGUCGCUCUGCAGUCGCGACGAUCGCGUGCUCACGCUCUCCAGACCACCUUUGUCUACGACUUUAUCGAUGUCCUUGGUCAGGCCGUCCGAGCCUCGUGGAGGAAGGUCGCUGCCAGCAAGAUCCCAAGCGAGGUCAUCAAGUCGGCUGUCGAGCUCGUCUUUGAUGAGCAGGAGAACCUGCGCGAGGUCAAGCGUGCUCCUGGUAUGAACAACAUCGGAAUGGUUGCUUGGCUUGUCGAGGUGGUCACUCCUGAGUACCCCACCGGCCGCAAGCUUGUUGUCAUUUGCAACGAUGUUACCAUCCAGGCUGGUUCGUUCGGCCCUGUCGAGGACCGCUUCUUCGCCGCUGCCUCAAAGCUCGCCCGUGAGCUCGGUAUUCCUCGUCUCUACAUCUCAGCCAACUCUGGUGCCCGUAUCGGUUUGGCCACCGAGGUUCUUGACCUGUUCAAGGUCAAGUUUGUUGACGACGACCCCGCCAAGGGCUUCGAGUACAUCUACCUGGACGACGAGUCGCUUCGCGCUGUUCAGGCCCAGGCUCCCGGUAGCGUCAUGACCAAGCCCAUCAAGGCUGAGGAUGGUACCACCCACAACGUCAUCAGCGAUAUCAUCGGCAAGCCUCAGGAAGGUCUCGGUGUCGAGUGUCUCUCCGGCAGUGGUCUCAUCGCCGGUGAGACGAGCCGUGCCAAAGACUCGAUCUUCACUGCCACCAUUGUCACUGGUCGCAGUGUCGGUAUCGGUGCCUACCUUGCACGUCUUGGUGAGCGUGUCAUCCAGGUUGAGGGCUCGCCCUUGAUCUUGACCGGUUACCAGGCUCUCAACAAGCUGCUUGGUCGUGAGGUCUACACCUCGAACUUGCAGCUCGGUGGUCCUCAGAUCAUGUACAAGAACGGUGUCUCGCACUUGACUGCACAGGACGACCUUGAUGCUGUCAAGGCCUUUGUCAACUGGAUGUCUUACGUUCCUGCUCAGCGUGGCGGUCCUUUGCCCAUCAUGCCCACCACCGACAGCUGGGACCGUGCUGUUACCUACCAGCCUCCUCGUGGUCCUUACGACCCACGAUGGCUCAUCAACGGCAAGACCGAGGAGGAUGGCUCCAAGCUCACUGGUCUCUUGGACCAGGGCUCGUUUGUCGAGACCCUCGGCGGCUGGGCUACUUCGGUUGUCACUGGUCGUGCUCGUCUGGGUGGUAUUCCGGUGGGUGUCAUUGCUGUUGAGACUCGAACUCUGGAACGUGUCGUCCCAGCAGACCCUGCCAACCCUAACUCGACCGAGCAGCGCAUCAUGGAGGCUGGUCAGGUCUGGUACCCUAACUCGGCGUACAAGACUGCUCAGGCCAUCUGGGACUUUGACAAGGAGGGUCUUGCUCUCGUCAUCCUUGCCAACUGGCGUGGUUUCUCUGGUGGUCAGCAGGACAUGUACGACGAGAUCCUCAAGCAGGGUUCCAAGAUCGUCGAUGGACUUUCGUCGUACAAGCAGCCCGUCUUUGUUCACAUCCCACCCAUGGGUGAGCUUCGUGGUGGUUCUUGGGUCGUAGUUGACUCUGCCAUCAACGACAAUGGCAUGAUCGAGAUGUCGGCCGAUGUCAACAGCGCACGAGGUGGUGUGCUCGAGGCUUCGGGUCUGGUCGAGAUCAAGUACCGUGCUGACAAGCAGCGCGCCACCAUGGAGCGUCUUGACAGCGUCUACGCCAAGCUCAGCAAGGAAGCUGCUGAAGCCUCGGACUUGACUGCUCAGACCACCGCUCGCAAAGCCUUGGCUGAGCGUGAGAAGCAGCUGAGCCCCAUCUUCACUGCGAUUGCCAUCGAAUACGCUGAUGCGCACGACCGUGCAGGACGCAUGCUUGCCACUGGUGUCUUGCGAUCUGCUCUGCCAUGGGAGAACGCACGUCGAUACUUCUACUGGCGUCUCAGGAGAAGGCUCACGGAGGUCGCUGCCGAGCGUACCAUUGCGGAGGCCAACCCAUUGCUCAAGCACGUCGAGCGAAUUGCUGUGCUUCGACAGUUUGUCGGUGCUGCUGCCUCGGAGGAUGACAAGGCUGUGGCUGAACACCUUGAGGCUUCGACCGCUUCGUUGUUGAACGCGACAAAGCAGCUUAAGGCUCAGUACAUCUUGGCUCAGAUCUCGAGCUUGGAUCCUGAACUCAAGGCUCAGCUUGCUGCUUCUUUGCAGCAGUAG